CCAGAGCGCGCAGUUCUAUUUUUAAUCUCUCGGGGAAACCAACAAAAAAAGAGGGUAUAUCUAAUCUGGGGUCUAGAACAUGACUCUUCUCACCAUGUGGGCCUUCCAAGGCCUCAUGGGAGUAAGUCUUCUUAUCACAGCCACGAAUGGUGCGACUCAGACUAUAAGUGGAAGCGGCCCACCCGUGAUCUCUUUGGCAGAUAUACAGAAGGCCGGAGGAAAUGAUGUUAAAACAUGUCCGAGUGGAUUUACAAAAACAGUUGGGACGAGUUGCGAAGUUACUGACGUGGGUAAAUUCAAUUCAUGGGCUCAAGGAAAAAACAUAGGCAUUAAGUUAGAAGCAAGUACAAGUUCAUUUCAAGGUAGCAGCAGUUCGACAUCGCAGCAAAUGAAACAGCCUGCCGAAUGUGGGUCUGAGACGUUACUACCAACCUCAUACUUCAUAUGA